GUAUGUUGGGUAGAGGGACUCCAACAGCAAUGGCGGAGAAGCAGAAACACGAUGGUCGGGUCAAAAUCGGCCAUUACAUCCUGGGCGACACUCUGGGGGUUGGCACUUUCGGCAAAGUGAAGAUGGGAGAACAUCAGCUAACUGGACAUAAGGUUGCAGUUAAAAUCCUGAACAGACAGAAGAUUCGUAAUUUAGAUGUGGUUGGAAAAAUCAAACGGGAAAUUCAAAACUUGAAACUCUUCCGUCAUCCCCACAUUAUCAAACUGUGAGUUAUAUUAAUUGUGUUAU